AUGUCACCGGUCAACAAGGUAUUAUCAGAAGAGGAAGCUCAGGGUUUCGACAGAACCAUUGACACUUUGAUCGGCUCACCUAGCCUAAACAACACAAAUGACAAGGGGAAUGAUGGCACCAAGGAUCUAGACAAGUCAAAGCUCUUAAAGGACCCUGCCAUACCAAAUGGUGAAAAUGAGCAAAUGGUCUCAAUUAUAAGGGAUUCAUCCAUUAAGAACAAAGAUUUAGAUGAUAAGAACUUGGGUUCACUUCAGGAUCACUCAUUGACACAAGAUGAUGAUCAGAGUAGCCAUUUGCCAUCAAUUCGAGAUGAACUGUUGAACAAGGAAAGUGAAACAGAUACAACUGCCCCUUUCAGCACCACAAUUGAAGAUAUGAUAAGCAACAUGGACAGUUCAGCAUUUGUUAAAAAAAUCAAACUCUUAGAUGAGACAACAGAGAGAUGCGAAGAAACUAACAUAGGUAAUUCCCAAUCAUUGUUAAAGGAAAAUAUGGAAGGGCCACUAGAAGAUGAGGCAUCAGGGAUGGGUCAUGAUCUAAUUGGAGAAGAUACAGCUGACAAACUAGAUCAAGGACAUACUGGGGUGUCAACAGUAGAUAAUCCAUUGAUGCCAAAGCAAGGAGGAUCUACAUCAUCAACAGAAACAAUUACCACUGAUUAUCUUGAUGCUGAUGAUUCUGAUAUAAAGGAGGUUGUCAUAGAAGAUGAGCCUAUAGGUAGAUGCAAUUCAUCAUAUGUGAAACCAGCAGAUGACACCACCAAUCUAACAUCUAAGUAUGACAGAGCCUGUAUACCAGAAGAGAAAGAAGAUAUCUCUGAAAUAAGCCAAAGAGAAACAGUAGAAACUGGGAUUGGAAGCCAUGAAGUAAUAAAUGAUGAGAAGAUACAUGAAUUGAAAAACCAGGGUGAAGAUACAUGUGGUACUCUUAAUAUCGGUGAAAUUGUUUCAAUGUUCCAAUCAGAUACAAUUGCAACAGAUGUCAUCGAACCGGAGAAACACCAGCUAGAUAAGAGGGGAGAUGACGUACCAGAAGAGAUAUCUGAUUCUCUAACUGGAACAGAGGAGCAUAAUGUUAUUGAAAGAACACACACAGAGCAAGAGCAAGGUGCCAAAGCUGCUGUAGUGAAGGAUCUGGCAGAUAAUUCCAAUGAAGAGGAGUCUGACGGCACCCAAGAUGUAGUUAGUCUUGUUGACGUCAAUGGAAAAGAUUUUACAGGCUUAGACUCAUCUCUAUCCUAUCAUCUCGCUAUUGUGAAUGAAGAAAAGGGGCAGACAGAAGUAACAGAAGGAUUAUUUAGACCAUCAUAUCCUCUCCAAUUGAUAGACGGUUUUCACAAGAGACAUCUAAAGCUUGAUAGUCCAUACAAUAAUGAAGAGACCAUCAUCUCCACAUAUGAAGUAAAGACUACAGCUAUACAUGAUGCUCUGGCUACGUCACAAUUUGAGAAGCCUCAACUGAUUCUGCUUGAAGAACCUGAAGCUGUGAGAUUUGAGAAUAGUGGCAUUCUUAGCAGUUGCAUGCAAUUAGUGGAGAACAGUUCAAAGACAAAUGUAUUCUUUCCUCAUGGCUCCAAACAGGAGAAAGAGUACACAUCCACUACAGACGUCGGAUUUACUUCUGAACCCAAUCUGGAGAAAAUCAUGGUGAAGGUAGACCUUCCUGCUGAAUCCAACCAAAAGAAAAUAAUUGCAAAUACUGACAAGGAUAGUCGGGAAGGAUAUAUGCUACAGACACCAGCUCAAAAGAAAGAUGCCAGUGAAGAGAGUUCUUUCAGCUUCUCUAAUGAACAGCACAGCAAAGUAGUCGAGUGCAUCUCCAUGACUAGCAUCUCUCUGAUGCAAGUUAAAGAUGAUGCUGAUGAAGAGCAUGAGAAGAGUCUACUGCUAAGCCCUAGGGAACAGGAAGGAGUGGAUUUCAUAGUACCUAACCAUUCUGGAAGAAACAAGAAACCACUUCAAAGCUUAAUGACAGGGGAAAGUGCUGGUAUGAGGUCUCCAUUGAAGGAACAGGAACCAGUUCCAAAUAACAGUACCAUGGUUAGUUCCCCUAGAAGCAAAGGAAAGCAGAAGCCAAGAUCUUCCCUUUUUGCCAGUUGCAUGUGUUGCGCCACAGCUACAAACUGAUGUAUGCCUCAAAAUGUUUUCCUAUUAUAGUCGGUUUUUCUAUAACUCGUUGAUUACUUUGUCAUAAAAAUGCAUUGUUUGAGUGGUUUACAGAAGAGCAAUGUGCAGUUUUUGGGAAUUUUUCAGAU